GUUUUUACUGGUCGACGAGUCAAUGCUGGAACAAAAUCAAAAGUUCGAUUUAUUUUAUCAGGCGCUAAUGAUGAAACAAAUGUUCGAACAUUUUCUGAUUCUCAUCGAAAGAUUUUUCAACGUGGUGGAAUUGAUGCGUUUAUUAUGGCUGUUCCUAAAUCAUUAGGAUUAUUGAAUUAUAUUCGUAUUUGGCAUGAUAAUACUGGUCAAGGUUCAUUAGCAUCAUGGUUUCUAAAAUAUAUUAUUGUUCGAGAUUUGCAAACAAUGGAAAAUUUUCAUUUUAUUUCUCAACAAUGGUUUGCCGUUGAAAAAGAUGAUGGACUUAUUGAACGUAUUCUUCCGGUCGCUAAUGAAAUAGAAAAACAUCAAUUUUCUUAUGUAUUAUCUAAAAAAGCUUAUCAUAGUAUUUCUGAUAGUCAUUUAUGGUUUUCGAUUUUUUCUCGGCCACCUUCAAAUAAAUUUACACGUGUACAACGAUGUACUUGUUGUUUUGUUUUAUUAUUUAUUUCAAUGUUACUUAAUAUAAUGUAUUAUGAUUUAUCAACUGAAGCAAAAUCGUCGAAUAAAACUGAGGGUAGCAGUUUAUCAAUUGGUCCUUUACAUAUAACUCCUGAGCAGGUAUGUAAACUUUUCAAGUGA